GGAAAUCACAACGUGAGUAGCAAUUUCAGCGAGCUUUCAUUGAAAAUAGACAGCCUAAAGAUUGUACUUUUUGCGUUGCUGAGGAUCUUGUGAAUUAGGCUCUUAAUUAUUUCCCGAGAAGGUGUUUCAUCCGUGUCUUCUAUAAGAACAUCAGGAUAUAAAUGGGCAGUGUUUUGGCAGCCAGCUCCCCCAACCCGCCACCGGCUCCUGCUGGUGGUAGUCCUGGCGGCCCAGGGAUGACGGUACCCCCAGGCUUCUCAAUGCCCCCAGUAUCACCUGUACUGCCUUCAGGCAAUGUGGCACCCGGUCAGCAGGUGGAGGCAGAAGGCCCUCUGUCCAACCCUGGCACGUUUGAGGAGUGCCACCGCAAGUGCAAAGAGGUGUUCCCCAUGCAGAUGGAGGGUGUAAGACUAAUCGUUAACAAGGGCCUGAGUAAUCACUUCCAGGUGAAUCACACAGUAAUGCUCAGCACCCUAGGCGAUUCCAGUUACAGGUUCGGUGCCACCUAUGUGGGAACUAAGCAGAUGGGUCCAGCAGAGUCCUUCCCAGUCAUGGUGGGAGACAUGGACAACAGCGGCAGCCUCAAUGCCCAGGUCAUUCACCAGAUCUCCAACAGAGUCCGGUCCAAACUAGCCUUCCAGACGCAGCAGCAAAAGUUUGUGAACUGGCAAGGAGAUUGUGAGGUCCGAGGAGAGGACUUUACUGCUGCUGUUACCCUGGGCAACCCAGAUGUCCUUGUAGGCUCUGGUAUUAUUGUAGCACACUACAUCCAGUCCAUAACCCCAUCCCUGGCUUUGGGAGGGGAGCUGGUUUACCAUCGCAGGCCAGGAGAGGAAGGCACGGUCAUGUCUCUAGCUGGCAGAUACACAGGCAGUAACUUCAUUGCCACAUUGACACUAGGGGGAGCAGGGGCACAUGCCUCCUACUACCACAAAGCCAACGACACGUUGCAGUUGGGUGUUGAGUUUGAGGCUAGCACCCGAAUGCAGGAGACCAGUGUAUCAUUUGGCUACCAGCUAGAUGUGCCUAAAGCCAAUUUGCUCUUCAAAGGCUCCAUAGAUAGUAAUUGGGUGGUGGGGGCCACACUAGAGAAGAAGCUACUUCCUCUGCCUCUUUCUUUGGUCCUGGGGUCCUUCCUCAACCACAAGAAGAACAAGUUCCAAUGUGGUUUUGGCAUCACCAUCGGUUAGACUUACCAGAGUGGGGGAAAGCCUAUAGGCAAUCUUCACAGAAAGGACAGACCAAGCCUGGACUCACCACUGAGUCUCACAUCACUUCAAUUUGUCCCCAUCUGACUACUAAGAAGUUCAUUGUUGUUGGUUCCAAAGGUUAAUUUUUCCUAAAUAAUGUGUUAAAAUAUACACUAUAUAUACAGAAGUAUGUGGACACCCCUUGAAAUUAGUGGAUUUGGUUAUUUCAGCCAUACCCGUUGCUGACAGGUGUAUAAAAUCGAGCACACCGCCAUGUAAUCUCCAUAGACAAACAUUGGCAGUAGAAUGGCCUUACUGAAGAGCCCAGUAACUUUUUCAAUGUGGCACUGUCAUAAGAUACUACAUUUACAACAAGUCAGUUUGUCACCUUUCUAUCCUGCUAGAGCUGUUAUUGUAAAGUGGAAACGUCUAAUAGCAACAAUGGCUCAGCCAUGAAGUGGUAGACCACACAAGCUCACAGAACAGAACUGCCGAGUGCUGAAGCGUGUAUAAAUCGUCUGUCCUCGAUCGCAACACUCUGGAAGCAAAGUCAGCACAAUAACUGUUUGUCGGGAGCUUCAUGAAUCCCAUUGAACACUUUUGGGAUGAAUUGGAAUGCCGACUGCGAGCCAGGCCUAAUUGCCCAACCUCACCUAAUGCUGUUGUGGCUGAAUGCUGUGGGGACUUGCUUCCAAUGUUCCAACAUCUAGUGGAAAGCCUUCCCAGAACAGUGGAGGCUGUUAUAGCGCCACGGGGGGACCAACUCCAUAUCAAUGCCCAUGAUUUUGGAAUGAGAUGUUCAACGAGCAGGUGUCCACAUAGUUUUGUCCAUGUAGUAUAUAAUCAUUGAAAGGUUAAACAAAGAUAUGUAAAUAAGGUGCAUCUUUAGGACUAAAAUAAUCGAAUUAUCAAAAUUGGGGUUAAAAUGCAUGGGUCAGAGAUUGAAGACAAUGUGGUGAUGAGAUUGGACAAUGGCCAUAUACUUCAGAGACUAACGUAUUGAGACCAACAUAGCAGACAGCAGUAAAAGAGGACUCCGUAAAACACUUGCUGUUAGGAAACUAUCAAAUUAUAGUACUUUUGUUUUUAGGUCUGUGCCGGUCCAGUUUUGUUUUGGUCGGUUUGUUUUUAUUUAUUUUGUGUUGUAUGGUCUAUCUGCUUCUUUUCACUUUUUGUUUGUUUUUUUAGGUUGGGGAGGCAGAGGGCAGGAAAAUCUUUUUCAUAAUCGUAUAUAUUACCUGUAUAUAUCUAUUGGGAAAAGGAUAAAUGCCAUUUCUUACAAAAUACAGA